CGUGCCUUGAAAGAUUCGAUUUUGUGAUUGUUUCGCGUUCCACUAUUUUCUUGUACGGUCCACGAGCUCCGUGUUCUCUUUUUUUGUCUUCUUUGCACGCAGUUGCUAUUGCGAAGUUGUUGUCCGCGUUUUUGUUUGGUGUCAUAUGUUAUUUUCACAGUGUGUGAGUGUUGGUGUGCGUGUGUGUGUUUAAUAGCUAUUUCGUUGUGUGUUGGUGUAGCGGUUACUAUUUUUGUGGGUUAAGGUGUUGUGUUGAAAAGCAAAAAUAAGAAAAAGUCCCAUUUGUGCGAAGUACACGAGAAGUGCACAGUUGUCAGCAACAGAUAAAGGGGAAUUGGCACUGUGAAAAUUGUAAGGCAAACAGGAAAAGCACGGCUUCAGGAUGGAUAGGGCAUAUUGCUGAAGCGUGCAAGAGGCAGCUGGCAGCAACGCGGGGCUGCUGCAGCACAACGUAACGACUACCAACGGAAACCGUUCCAGGUGGAAUAAAACGUCAUCCAACGGUACUGUCUUAUUCGUUAGCCUCUUCCACCACAAACCCCGUGGUACCGGAUCCCGAUUACAUCAAGGACGGUUGAGCACGAGUCCGAAGGACAAGGAAGCGUCGCGUAGAAUUUGUCCAAGGUCGAGUGUUUGCUAGAGAAAGAGUGCAAAUUUAACCUUUGGAUAGAGAAUUUAUCGGAUUGAUGGUGUCCCGCAACUUCAGAUUAACCUAUAGUACACCAAACCCACAGUGCACGCGAACGCGUUCCGUUGUCGUUGUCGCUGUGCCGAAGAAUGGCAGAACAAUGUACCGUCAGCAUUGAAGAUAGCAAGCAGCAACAAGAGCAAUCCGCCAUCUCGCAUGACGCUAGCAAUCCCGCCAGCCCUCUAACCAGUAUCAAAUCGCCCACGUGCGUUGCGGCAUCUGCGGCAAACACUGCGACGGCUAACGCUGACGACGAGACGCAACGCGCGGUCGAGAACGGUAGUGCCGAUGGAACUAGUACACCAAGGACAACCUGCGAUCAUCGUUCCGCCACCACCCCAAGCAGUGGUGUGACACCACUAUCGCUGGUUGGGGAUGACAACGAUGGCGUGAAGAAGCCUUACUGGUUGUUUUCUUCCACCGAAGAACAUCGGACACAGCAUCAACAGCAACAGCAGCAGCAUCAUCAUUUGUUACGCAUGGAUAGCAAUGGCAGCGAUGAUAUCGAUGGCAGCCUACGACAUGAACCGGAUCGACAGCAAUUGGAUUGUUCCAUCCUGCUGGAAACGCCCGCUCUUGAGCGUGUGGAGAUCAACGAUGGUGCGGUCAGAAUGUCGAGCACCGAUGGCAUCAGCGAUGGAAGGAUCGGUGCAGGUAAGCUGGCGACAAUCAGCGACAAGUUGGCGGCAGUAAAACCAAAACGCCUCAGCGACGAAUUCUUCUCGGCGGACGACGAUAACGACGAUGAGGAAGAUGACGACGAUGAGGAGCGUGAGGAGCAUACGAAAUCGAACGGACAAAUCGUGCCGGAUCGGAAUACGAUGGUAGAUAGCGAGGCUCAGGCAAGCUUGAGUGAAAUAAAAAAUCUCAGUAUCACCUGCUGCGGGAAACGGAAAGAGUUCGAUGAAGAUGAUGUACGUGAGGAAUGCGUAAACGACGACAACCGUUUACAUCCUUCCGGUUCAAAGGAUGUGGAACUGUUGCCGUUGUCUCGCGAUGUUGAAAGUCCGGAAGAGCCAAAGAUAUCGGCUUUCCGUGUCGAUGUGGCAAACACCAUCGAAGCUCCGCUGGAACACCAGCAGCACGCUGCUGCCGACGAUGGCGAUGAAGAACUGCUACUGGACGAUGUGCAAUCGAUGGACGCGAUCGAACGGCGUGAUUUCGAACAGGAGGGAGGUUUUUUGAUAAGAAACAGAUCACUAAUAUCUGGCGAUAGACUGAAUUUAGAAUUUUUAAAUAACACGAAUCCCCGUCCCCCGUCGAGCGAGCGCACGCAUUCGGAACAACAACCAUCAUCGGAGGAUGUGUCAGUUGGAGCCCCAGCAUUAUGCACCUCCUCCGAACCAGCUGUCGAAGUUGUUGCAACGUCUUCUUUCUGCUCCUCCGCAUCGGCGUGUGCUACUGCGCUGAGCACUAGAACGUCCGCGCAACAUUCGACCACGCCGACGAGCAGUAGAUAUCAGCACAAGCAUGAUCCUCACCAUCACCAUCAUCAUCACCACCACAACCCACACCAUCCGCAUCCUCGGGAUGGUAAAAUGCUCGUAAACAGCACUGGUAGCGAUAGCUUUAGUAGUAGUUAUAAUAGGGAAACCGAGAACAAUAGUACAACCAAGUUCGCAGUUAAUAAGCUUACGAGAAACCUCUCCGCUAGUCUAGCUAAUUGCAACGAUAAAAAGCAUGAGCAGCAGGAUGCCACUUCCGGCACUGGUACAGGAUCUAGCACCACGUCACCUGUCACGUCCUCAUGUGCCACUUCUUCCUCGUCCGCUUCUUCCUCCUGCUCCUCUUCAAACUAUUCACUGUACUCAGCAUCAGCUGCAGGACCGGGAGGUGAAUGUGUCCCAAAACUAACUGCAGAUGCACCAGCCAGAAAGGAAUGUAAACCGGAGCUUGACGAUGCCUUUUUGAAUACAAAUUCAAACGAUAGCGUAUCAUCGGAUCGUUCGCUGUUUGGCGUCCAUGCCACGGAAGAGGAAACGACAUUAACUGUGUCCGAUGUGCAAACGAAAGAGGAUACUCACACGCAUCACGAUUCUUGCUCCACCACCUCCUCGACCGCGUCGUAUUCGUCCUCUUCGUCGCCGUCUCCUUCACAAACAACGACGGCGCAGCAGGUCGACGACGUGCCGAUGAUUAUUUGCUCCUCUUCAGUACUGCCCCCGACUGCAUCGCAUUCGGCCUCCUCAUCGGUUUCGUCCGCACACGAGGAAAGCACCUCCGUGAAUAGUAAACCUUUGUGCGAUGGAGAUUAUGAUGAAGAAGAUCAUGAAGCGAAAAUUAUCGCACCGAAAAACGCAUCAGCGGAACAUUCUUCAACGGCAGCUCCUUCUAGUUGUUCCGGACGAAGUAGCAAGGAGGACUCUCUUGAUACGAAUGGCAAACUCUCUUUCAGUUGUGCUUUUCCCAAGGAGAAUGGAAGAAUAUCGGGUGCAGAUGGAAAUAAACAACUUCUACCAUCAACUUCUGCCAAUGGCAAUGUGCAACAGGAGGAACAAGAUGGCGUAUCGAAAGCUCGUGCCAUUGGCACAGAGCAGCAGCCUCAGCAGCAACAGCAGCACGCUCAACAUCACCAUCGACGUCAGUUUCAUCAUCAUCACCGAGCCGCUGGUGCUGGUGAGGGAACGAUCGCUGCAUCUUCCACAUCCUCCUCAUCUCGCGUAGUGACAGCGAACGGGUCGGUUCAAACGGGAGGAACAGUUGCUACAAUCCGAGAGUCUAAUCCUGUACCGGAGGUUGUGGUGGCUCCGUCCUUCCAUCAGCAGCGCGAUGCCAGCACAAAUACAUCCAAUUCACCCGAAUCCAGCGAACCUGAGAUCGACGAAGAGGACUGGGCCGACUGUGAGGAAGGUACGGACGAAGAGGUGUGUACUUGCCGAGACUACACCGAUGAGGAUGGAUUUGCUAGCAGUGAGGAUGAACUGCCAUCACGCGAUGUCGAUCUCUCCAGCUACACGCACUUGGACACGAUAUCGGAUGAUUUGCUACAUGACGCACAAACGCCUCGGCUCCAUCGGAAAAGGAAGUUGACGGAGAAUCGAACUAUACUCUACGGCGAUAGCAACAGCCCGUCGGGCGAAUCACUGAACUACACCAGCCGCAAGCGCCUAGCACUCGAUGGAUCGACCGUUACAGGCACUGCGUCUGCUACGGCUAAUGGUGGUGCUUCACCUGGAUCAGCGACAUCCACAACAACGGCAGCAUCAACUGGUGUAACACCUUUGUCCAAUAGCGGUGUAUCUACGACACCCCGAUCGUCCCUUCGAAGCCCGAUGAAUAUAAUAACAACACCAACUUCAUCCACAUUGGGCGAACGUAAGACACCAAGAACCAUUAUACCGACCAAAGAUAAUCCUCCUCCUGAGCUAAGCGAAUGGUUGAUGCAAUUCCAGAGAUGGACGCACGUUGAACGGUUGUUGGCUGUGGAUCGUUUGAUCGAGCAUUGCGAACCAACACAGGUGCGCCACAUGAUGAAAGUCAUCGAGCCGCAGUUCCAACGAGACUUCAUCUCGCUUCUGCCAAAGGAGCUAGCGUUACAGGUACUAUCCUACCUGGAACCAAAGGAUCUUCUGCGGGCCGCCCAAACAUGUCGCAGUUGGCGCUUCCUGGCAGACGACAACCUGCUGUGGAAGGAAAAGUGUAAGGAAAGCGGCAUUGGCAUUGAACCAUCGACGGAUCGUCCAAAACGAGGUCGCACCGGUAACAUGCCACCGAUAUCAUCGCCCUGGAAAGCGGCUUACAUGCGCCAGCACAUCAUCGAAAUGAAUUGGCGUUCGCGACCAAUCCGAACGGCGAAGGUGCUGAAGGGUCAUGACGAUCAUGUCAUUACGUGCCUUCAAUUUUGCGGCAACCGUAUCGUGUCCGGAUCCGACGACAAUACGCUCAAAGUUUGGUCGGCCAUCACGGGGAAGUGCCUUCGAACUCUAACUGGCCAUACGGGAGGCGUGUGGUCAUCACAAAUGUCGGGUAACAUCAUCAUCUCCGGCAGUACUGAUCGCACUUUACGCGUCUGGAAGGCUGACACCGGCCAGUGCAUGCACAUACUGCAUGGUCACACUUCGACUGUGCGUUGUAUGCACCUACACGGCAACAAAGUCGUGAGUGGUUCGCGAGACGCAACACUGCGCGUCUGGGAUGUGAAUCUGGGUACAUGUUUACACAUGCUGGUAGGUCAUCUGGCUGCCGUGCGCUGUGUUCAGUACGAUGGUAAGCUGAUCGUUUCCGGUGCCUACGACUACAUGGUGAAAGUAUGGAACCCAGAGCGUCAGGAAUGUCUGCACACGUUGCAGGGACACACAAACCGUGUGUACUCACUGCAGUUUGACGGUAUCCAUGUUGUUUCCGGUUCGCUGGAUACUUCGAUACGCGUAUGGGAUGCUGAAACUGGCUCCUGCAAACACGCACUAAUGGGACACCAGAGCCUCACAUCGGGCAUGGAGCUUCGACAGAAUAUUCUCGUGUCCGGUAAUGCUGAUUCCACCGUCAAGGUUUGGGACAUCAUUACCGGCCAAUGCCUGCAGACACUCUCAGGACCCAACAAACAUCAAUCUGCUGUUACCUGUCUGCAGUUCAACUCUCGUUUCGUCAUCACCAGCUCCGACGAUGGUACCGUGAAGUUGUGGGAUGUUAAGACUGGUGAAUUUAUCCGCAAUCUAGUUGCACUAGAGUCGGGCGGUUCCGGUGGUGUUGUUUGGCGUAUUCGUGCAAACGAUACCAAACUUAUCUGUGCUGUUGGGUCACGCAAUGGUACGGAGGAAACCAAACUGAUGGUUCUCGAUUUCGACGUAGAAGGUGCCUGCUUGAAAUGCUCAUAAUUUUGUAAGAUGACUUCUACUCUACACCGCUACCACUCAGCUGCUGUUUCUGCCGCUAACUGCUUAGCUUACUUCUAAUUCAGUUUCACAGUUUUCCCCUUUGCGAAACUGUACUCACAUACAUACACACCCUCGUAAAAAAAAACCCGCGAUACCAUACCGUAGGAUAACAUAUUUAAGAACACGCAAACAUUCAUUGUUCGUCCUUCAUUUGUACUCUCCAGUAUCCAGUUUGCAAGUAAAGGCUUUCGAAACCGUUCGAAAAGUUAAUCAAUAAUCCGACGAUAGGAGAAGGAGGCGAAAAUUAAAAACGGGGUCCCGUAGAUAGUAUAAAAAUUGUGAACAUAUACAGCAACCGCGGCCCUGUAACAAACGAUACGGGCGAACGUGUGCACCAACCGCGCACAUAGAUUUGUUUGCAAAAAAAAUGGUAAAAUUUAUUGCUCUAAAAUACAGUGAUGCGUUCCAGUGCCGGAUUGAUAUGAAAGGUAUGAUAGUGUAACAUUGUCUUGCCUGCAAAUCAUGAAAGCAAUAUGUUCAUUUACCAUCCGUACUACACUCUUUGGAGGCAACCAAGUUUCAAGCGGCGGAGUGAAUUUAGUAAUUUCGCGAAUUAUUUUACUCUCUAUCGAACGCAUGCAUCAUUCAAACCGGGUUGGUAUUUGUUGGUUUAUUUGGAUUAUGGGUCUUGUUUGUUAAACUCUACGAAACAAGGUCGUUUGAAUUUUGUGUACUCACGUUUAUACAAUCUCUGGUUUACGUUAUAUUUUAAUAGUUUCUUUAAAAUCGUAUUUUUGUUGGCUGUCAACCGUUAAUGUUUUGUUUCUAUUUAGAACGAAAAAUGUUAUUAAGAAAAUCGACUCCCUUUGAAUGAACUUGCAAUACGUUUCUUAUACUUUCCAUCCGUUAGUUGCUGAAUAUAUUCCACAGUUUUUAAACUAUUUCGCGUGAGCACAUUAUCUUAACCGUGUGUCUUGCCGGUGUAAACAUUUGGGAUAGUAUACAUUUCCAAACUGAAGAAUUGAAACAGCACAGCACUGGAUCGCAAUCUAUUAGCAAGCAAACAAAGGAUUGCAAAAGAAUGGGAAACAGAAUAACACUCAUGAUAGCAAAACAACAACAAUUCGUGGAUAAUGCUUUAUUUUUAUGUAACGUUAGUUUGUAGUGUAGUCAACAAACAAACGGGAGGAAACCCCGAGAUGAUCGUGUUUAUUGAAGGCAAUAUAAUAGUAGAGGAUUUGGGUGGGAAUGAGUUACUAGGAAAGGAUUCAAAUAGCAAACAAAUGCUGCUAUAGAACUCAUACACACAAAUAUACCACCCGCCACCCACAAGUAAGGAACUGCGGAAUAAACAGAAACAUUAAUUAUAGUGCGUAAGAACACGUGGUCAGAUAGCGAUAUAGUGUAACCGAUAAACAAAAAAAGAAGUACCACGCCCCGUCCUCACCAAUCGGUGGGGUGUGAGAGCGAGCAGGAUACAAGAAAUGUAGCUGGAAGGGAUUUAGAAAGUAACAAAGAUGUAGAAAGUAACAAGGAAGUGAGAAUGUAAAGUCCUUGGUUCCAGUUACGUGUGUUCUCUCUCUCCCAACCGACAGAACUGCCAGGCGAUGUAGAACGAUUUUUUUUAAAUGUUAUCUCACUGUCAUUAUCUAUUAUUUGGUUAUCGGCAUUCAAAGUUUUUCCUUCCCUUUUACGGUCGUUUCUAUUACAGUGUAUUUCUAUUUAAUGAAACGAUGUUUAAUGUACAAUUUUAGUUAAUUCGAACGCUCGGUCUUUCUUUCUAUUAUGUUUGUUCGUAUUUGUAAUAAUUAUGUCUACUUUCCAUGUUUUGUUUUCUGUUCUACUAGUAGAGGAGAGAGGUGUCUAUUAUGAAGGUGUGAAUGUGCUUUAGUUAUCGUAGCUAAAAACCGAAACACGUAUUCCAAGCAAAAAAAAACUCAGAACGAUAAAGAAAUUCAAUAACACAACACAAGAAGCCCUUAGCGAAAAUGUA